GGCCUUUUAAACGCUCACAUGGUUUCCUCCCUUGAAUGAGUUAAAAGUGGAAACAUGGCGGCGUGAAACUGUAAAAACUAGCUGGGGCGAGGUACAGUAAAUAAAACAGCGGUAAAGUUAGUUUUUCAGCGAGUGUUCGCCGCUCUGUGUGCAGCCGCGGGGGGAUGUGUUCAGUCUGCGGCGGCUGGAGAGCAGAAAGUGCGGGGAUUUAAUCGGUUCUGCUGGCCUGCUGAAGCCAAAGCCGCAACACCGCCGAAAACAAUACGGAUACAGAGCACUGAGAUGAACGGGGACGUAUUAUGUAAUGGACACUCAACACUUCGCAGUUUCUUGAGUCACAGCGCCUCCAGGGCAGCGCAUCAUGAGGAGAUCUCUGUCAAAAUCAUCCAGGACGGGAAAUCCUCGCGGAUAUUCUGCACGCAGGCUGAGGCACAGAGGAACUCGAAGAGACCCAGUACUGUAAAUGGAGAAAUCAAUCUACCUAAAAUGACUGUGAAUGAAGAUCUCCAGCAUCCAGCUCAGAGAGCAGAGGAACAGCCGAGGCCGCUGCACUGCGUACAGUCUUAUCUACCCUCACCAACACAAAUCACUCCAGAGGUCAACAGUGCUCGCCCAAGCUGCCAGCGGGGAGCAGUCUGCCGCAAAGUGAAAGUGAAGAGACCUUCACAGAGAGUGGCAGAGAACAGGAAUUCCCAGAAUCGAAAGGUCACAGAUUACUAUCCCAUAAGAAGAAGCUCACGGAAAAGCAAAACUGAAUUAAAGUGUGCAGAGAAGCAACACAUAGACGAGCUGAUCACUAAAGGGAUAGAGAAUGGAAUGAUGGUCAAAUAUAUUGAGGGAAAGGGAAGAGGAGUGUUUGCCACCGAGAACUUCCAGAAAGGACAGUAUGUGGUGGAAUAUCAUGGAGAUCUGUUGCUGAAAACCGACGCCAAGAAAAGGGAAGCUGUGUACGCACAAGAUCCGACAACUGGCUGCUACAUGUAUUACUUCCAGUAUCUCAGCAAAACAUACUGUGUUGACGCCACAAAGGAAACGGAUCGUAUGGGACGGCUCAUCAACCACAGCAAAAACGGCAACUGUCAGACCAAGCUCCACGACAUCAAUGGAAUACCUCACCUGAUCCUCGUGGCCUCCAGAGAUAUCGAGGAGGGCGAGGAGCUGCUGUACGACUACGGCGACCGAAGUAAAGCCUCGAUAGCGGCUCACCCGUGGCUCAAACACUGAUUCCGAGAAGGGAAGCUAACCAACACCCUGUUUCUUAAACGCAGUUUUUAAUGUAAUUUUUUGCCUUAGCAAACGGAGAAUGUUUAGGGGGUAGUACGUGUUCGGGUGUGUUAAACAGUGACUUAAGCGCAGUUAGGUUACGGUACAUAUUCUACAUGUCCUACAUGAUACUUUUAAAGAUAUUUAUCCCGCUAUAUGACAUGCUAGUUUUGACACGUUUCUUUUUUGUAUAUUUUAUAUACUUGUAGACCAGUGCUUCCAAAGCAUGCAGUUAUAGUCCAACUUUCUGCAUUUUUUUAUAUAUAAAGAAAAGUUUUCUUAAGCCGGUGUAUAGUAGUUAGUGGCUUAGCAAUAAUUAUUUAUGAUGCCCAAAAAAAAAAAAAAAAAAACAGCAUUUCUGUGGAAUGCAAGUGAAGCUUAGAAGAGCCAUGUUUUAAAAGCUUGGGAUAACUGGAAGGUACCCCCGUCCCUCGGCCUGAUUUGGUAUCCUAUUGUUUUAUGGUGUUGAGUGUCAUUUCAUGGAUUUGAACAGACCUUUACCUCUUUCUACCUUGUUGAGUGUCCAGUACCAAAUGACCUGAGAUCAAAGGUAUUCAGUUGAUUCUGUAUGCUGGGUUAGAGGCAUUGUUUAAUAAAAUGGUUUUAUGCAGAGUU